AUGGAGAAUACGGUAGAUGCUAAGAAUUAUUGCUCUGAUCAUCCAUCCAUAUUCUCCAUGGCGUCUUUGAAAUCCUUCUUGUUUUUCUUUCUUUUGCUCUCUUUCUUAUGCCCUCUUGGUGCUGCUGAAACCUGCAGCAACCACCGAUUUGAUGAAGGCAAGACGUUUGCCUCGUGCAGCGACUUACCGUCGUUGGAUUGCUCACUUCAUUGGAACUACAUCUCGUUGUCUCAAACAGUCGAGAUUGCGUUUAGGCAGAGCGGUGUUGACAAGUCACCAAGAUGGAUUUCCUGGGCUAUCAAUCCCGAGGCGAAGGGCAUGGUCGGUUCACAAGCUUUGGUUGCGUUUCGGAAAGAUGAUGGAACCAUGGCGGCUUAUGCUUCUCCUAUAACAAGUUACGCAACUCAGCUUGAACAAGGGGACAUCAGGUUCCUUGUUAAUCGGGUUUCCUCCAUGGUUAAAGAUAACGAGAUGAUUAUCUUUGCAACUUUGGCAGUGCCUGCCAACACCACAACCGUGAAUCACCUUUGGCAAGUAGGACCGUUAGUCGGGGAUGUUCCUGGAAUGCACCGAUUGUCUGGUCCAAAUGUCGGUUCAAUGGGAACCUUGGAUUUCCUCUCGGGCAAGGUUGUUAUAGACAGGACAAGUUCAAUAGGCUAUUGGAAAAUAGUUCAUGGAGUUCUAUGCACAUUCGGAUGGGGUUUUCUGAUACCCGUUGGAGCUUUGAUAGCAAGGCAUGGGAAACAGUUCCUGGGGCCAAGCCCUGCAUGGUUUCAUGCCCAUAUCUUUUGUCAAUGCACAGCUUAUUUGUUGGGUUUGGCUGGAGGGAUCAUUGGUGUUUUGCUUUGGCUUGGAGUCGGAGUUGAAGGAGUCAGCCAUCAAUACAUUGGCAUCACCCUUCUUUGUCUUGGAGCCAUUCAAGGAAUAGUAGGCAAUUACAGACCAAACAAGGAAGAUAGAAAGAGAAUCUACUUCAACAUCUUUCACUAUUCGGUUGGCUACGGAACCAUUGGCUUAAGCAUUGCCAACGUCUUCUUAGGGUUUCACAUGGUGCAUGUUGGGAUCCGGACUUGGCCUCAAUUGACCUACAUUGCUGCACUCUCGUUCUUGGGAUUUAUUGCCCUUAUCUUAGAAGCAGUCGCUUGUUUCAAGAGGAUCAACGCAUCAAAGUCUACCAUGCAGAAUCAAAUAGUUGCUUAG